UUUGGUUAUGGUUUGUUCAAUAUAGCUGUACAGUCUCAUGAAGUAUGUAGUGUAUGUUAUUGCUGAGUGUUAUUAAUGAUUAACUAAACAACAAUGGGUGAUUACCUACGAGAACGGUAUUUGAAAGAUGUGGAAUUUUAUAGCCACAAUAACAAAACACUACAGCGAUCAGCAAGCACAACAUCUCUCAUAGCAGAUGCAUCUACUAAAACUACUAAAAUCACAAACCCAGAAGAUGUAAAAGAUCUUUUCCAUAUCAGUAUGGACCUGCUUACAUUCAAAAAUAAUGCCAUCCAUGUUUGUAAAUAUAUGCUACAGUCUUUCGAAGGACAGAUUGAGCCAUUCUUCAAUACACCUGAAGAAGCAAUACUUCAUAUACAAUCACUUGAUGAAGUCUGGAGGACACAUUGGAAGGAACAUUUCUUGUUCUUGGAGCAUGAAUUGGGUGAACUGAAUAAAAAGUUCAUAGAUUCAUAUAGAAACAAACAAAACCAGGAUAAUAUGAAUGAUAUUGAUGAGUGCAUCCAUAUGAUUGAACCAGAUUUAUCAUCGACAGAUGAUGAAUGGUUGAUUGAGAUUCCAGCAAGUCGACUACAAGAAAUGAAAAACUUGUUAGAGAUAAAUACAUCUUCUGAACAAGAUGAAAAUGGUUUAUCAAUCGAGAAAAAACAAAAUGGCAGUACAGUAAACAUGAAUUUAAAUGGGAAUGCUUGUACAAUCAAGGAUUCAUCACCUUCACCUUCAAAAUCAACCAAAGACAAAAUGACUGAACAAAUGAAUAUUGCUGUUCUAGAUGAGAUUCCAGACAAUGAUUCCCUAUCGAGUUGUGAUAUCAGUUUGAAUAUAUCACGCCCUGGUACUCCCAUCAUUCCCAAAUCCAGUGUUAUUCGAAUAUCAUACACUGAUGAUCAGGCGAAGAAACACUACAUCAAUAAAUAUUAUGUGCAGGAUGAUGAGUUGUAUGUGAGGAUUCCCAUGAAAGAAAAAUUAUUGACUGAUGAAUACUCAAGUAAAAAAAGAAAAGUUGUAUCAACAUCAGAAGAUAGCAGCACUUCAUGCAGUGAAUCAAUCAGCAGUGGUUUAACUGAGCUGCUAGGAAUAAAAAAGAAAAAAAGGAGACGAAUUAAAUCAAUUUCGACAACUACGUCAUCUUUAUCACCAACUUCCAAGACCGACAGCAUUCACUCUUAUCAUUCAGACGAUAAUUCAGAGACUCAAUCCAGUAAUACCCAAAGCAGCGAUGAAAACAUACAGAAUGUUUUAGAUCAAAUUCCAGAUUGUAGUGAUUCAGACUCCAGCAGUUGUGUUUGCCUUGAUGAUGUAUAUUCUGAUGUAGAUACACAGGAGUUAAAAGGGAAGCCUAAGUAUAACAAAAUGAAACCAGAAAGGACAUCUCGAAGGGCUACCUGGAUGAAUGAUCCACUACUCAAGCCUAUGAUGUUUAAAAUGUAUGAAUUAAGUACCGACGAAGAAGAUAAUACGGAGGACAAAAUGGAGGAUGUAAAAGAAGAUUAUAAUGAAAAGCCAUGUUUAAGCACUUCUUCUGAAGAAGACAACAAAAGUAAUAAACCAGUGUACAUAAAUGACAGUGAUUCAUCUUCGGAUGUUGAAUUUGUGUCUUCAAUGCAUCAACAGACGCCGCCAGCUGAAGGCGAUAGUACAAUCAAAGGCAGACGAAACAUUAAAAAGAUUCUCACUGAAGCAGAGCUCAGCAAGGAAACGAAAAAGGUACAGGAGUUGGAACGCGAACGUGUUGAACGUUUAAUGAAAAACGCCCAGUCAAAACCACAAAAGGACGAUUUUGUAUUAAAUUCAAAUGAAGAUGAUAAUUUACACGUGACUGUACAUCCAAAACUAGCCGGGAAACUCCUCGCACAUCAACGUAAAGGUGUACAGUUUUUAUGGGACAAUUGUUAUGAGAGUGUUCAACGUUUACAAAAUGGCGACGAGGGUUCCGGAUGCAUUUUAGCGCAUUGUAUGGGUCUUGGCAAAACAUUUCAGGUGGUGACUUUUGUUCAUACAUUGUUUAGUCACCCUGUAACGGAUCUAAAACGCGUGCUGAUUCUAUCUCCACUGUCAAUCGUUGAGAAUUGGCAGCGAGAAUUCGAGGAAGCAGCGAAACUCAUCGCUGAGCCGCAAGAAAUUAACAUUUUCCUCGGCGGCACUGCAAGGGACAGCACAACAGUUAAAAUCAGCACUGUACAUAGAUGGCACAUCGUUGGUGGCGUGCUUAUCAUCAGUUAUGAUUCAUUCAUGGCGUUGGUGAAACGCGAUGAGCGCGCAAUUGACAAAUGGCUGCUCGAUCCGGGUGCAGAUUUAGUCGUGUGUGAUGAGGGUCAUCUACUUAAGAAGCCAACAGCACGUCGUACGAUCGCCAUUGGCAUGGUGGCCACCAAACGAAGAAUCAUCCUCACUGGAACACCAAUGCAAAAUCAUUUAGAUGAUUACUUUUGUAUUGUAGGGCUGGUCAAGCCGAACUUCUUCGGCACCGAGCGUGAAUAUCGCAAUCGAUUUGUGAAUCCAAUUCAAAAUGGCCAGUUCGUGAAUUCAGAACCGCAUGAUAUUAAGUUAAUGAAAAAACGUAGCCAUGUUUUACACAAGAUGACGCGGCAUUUUAUUCAGCGGUAUGAAGAGAAAGAAUUAUUACCGUACCUGCCAACCAAAUUAGACUACGCAAUCAAGAUUGAGAUGACUGACAAGCAGAUUGAAUUGAUUCGAGAGUUUUUGAAGAUAUGCAACUUUACUAACCUGUUUUCGAAUGUUGCGGUGCUUCGCGGCAUAUUCUCUCAUCCAUAUUUGCUACAAAUGCAAGCAAUGGCUUUGGAAAAAAACAAAUAUAAGAAGAAACCUGUAGCUGUGGGUGCGGGCGAUGAAGAAAUCAUAAUCCCUGAGGUCAUUAAAGGUGACUGGUUUAAAUUACCGGAAGAUGCAGCAACAAAUAUCAAUUACGGGCCCAAGUUACAAGUCAUGAUGUCGAUUAUAAAAGAAACAAUGGCGCGUAAUGAAAAAAUCCUGGUUUUCAGUGUUUCGCUGCUUGAAUUAGAUCUGAUUGAAAAGUUCCUUGGCAUGGAUCCCACCUGGGUGCGUGGUAGAAGCUACGUGCGCAUUGACGGCUUCGUCGAUGUUAACCAUCGAGCGAGAUAUUGUAAACAAUUCAACAAUCCAACCAGUGGACUUAAUUUAAUGUUACUCACACAGAGGGUAGGCGGAUUGGGUUUGAAUUUAUUCGCAGCAAACCGUGCGAUUCUCAUGAAUAUCUCCUGGAAUCCAGCGGAUGAUACGCAGAGUUUGUUUCGCAUUUACCGCCUGGGACAGUUGAAAACAUGUUAUGUUUAUCGCUUGAUUGCAAUGGGUACUACCGAAGAAGUUAUUUAUGAAAGAUCCAUCACGAAGCAGGCGAUUGCCAGCCGCGUCAUUGACGAAAACACAUUAUGCGCCAUUUUCAAGCAUCGCAGUUGGCAGCCAUGUAUCGUUGUGAUCUGGAUAAAUCAGGCGAACGGCGUUUGCCCAAACCACCGAGCGAUACGCUCUUGGGUAGUGUACUUACCAAACAUCAAUGUAUUUAUACUUAUCAUGAUCACAACGCCAUGUUGGAAAAUUUACCGGAUGAAGAGCUGGAUGAGAUUGAGAUGAAGCUAGCCUGGGAGGAAUACGAGAAAGAAAAAGAUAAUAUAUACCCAACACUAUCAUCUUCCUACGUGCCACUAUAUGCAGAUCUGGCUGCAGGCCCAUCAAACAGAGCUGUCCAGUCAAAUGCGGAAGAAUCAAAAGCUAUUCCAGCCACAAUAGACACAUUGAAGAAUAAAACGAUAUAUUUCGAGUGUAAUUCAUAUACGAAAGGCGGAAAAAUCCUAGCGGUGUUCAAUGAACGCGGAAAAAUCACAAACAACUUGGAUGACCUAACGAAUGCGCAGAUCAGAACCGCCGUGAGACUGUGCACGAUGCAGCCGCAUAUCUUCAACUCCAAUUCUUAUGUCAUCGAACGCAAUGGAAUGUUCUUUGAUAGAGAUAGAGAGAAUACAAUUCCACAACGCAACAGAAAUAUCAACGAACCGGAGAUCUGAUGAAAAAAGCGACCAUGACUUAGUAUUAAUCAAGUUACUUUGAUUCAAGAAGACAUUUUAUUAUCUUUUUUGUUUUUAUAUUAAGAGUUUAAUUUUCUUA